AUGGUCAAGGGUUCUACAGGUAUGGUCCCUUUGACCUCUGCUCGUAAAACCCUCCCCUCCUCUUACAUGAGCGAGAAACCCCACGAUCUGCAACGCAUCGAGUUACAUCCGUUUCUGAGGUCGAUCAACGCAUAUCUAGGACCCGCAGCGGGCCGAUCUGAUACAAAGUCGCUGAGAACUUCCCCUGCCCUCCUGUUCGCUAUCCAUCACAGACUCCCUGUAAUCUAUCGCGAUCAAUCCUCCUCCAAGGCGCAGGCUUCAGUCGACACGGCUCGCACAGAUGCAACUGCAGAACCAACUGACACAGCCCAUCAGCUGAAUGUUUUGGGGUAUCAUGAUCUUGGGCAGUGCAGGAAGAUACAAGCGUCAGCAAUAUUUAUAACCGAACUGGGUAAUUCGGAGCAUGUAUGCAAGCUGAUGUUUGAAGAAAAGUUCGCCGAGUGUCUGUAA